AAAUUUACUCAAACAAAUAUAAAACUUUUCUUAUACUGAUAGUUCAGACGACCUUACGACCUUUCAGUAACUGCAUUUGAAGAUUGAGCUUUCCGGACGUCUUAUCCCUUAGGCCACGACGACACCAAAUUCAUUUGUUCAUAUAUAUUUUAAUCUACCACCCGCUCGAUGGAAGAUCUUCUCUUUGUCGAUACUUCAUUCCUAACUUCAUGUUUAUUUUGUGGAGUAGAGUAUAGAGUAUUAAGCGGUAGGCAGCGGCUUAGCUGCCCUUGACAUUGCUGACGUCUAUGAGCGACGGUAACCACUUACUGUCAGGUUGGCUGUGCGCUCGUCUGUCUGCUCGGACAAUAAAAAAAAUAAAAAACUUCUUCCUCCUUGCGUCGUAUUCCUCACUGCUGCUGAGAUUCGAGAACACCCUUCGGUAUUAUUUUGUGAACUGUGGAAUCAAGAGGGCUCCGAAUCUGGGCGAUACGAUAUAUUGGGUAGGUAGGUAAAGCCCCUCGUCUUUGUUUGCAAUACGACACACGACAGACCUUUCGACCUUUUGAUAAGACACUAUUUAUUCAUACAAUAAAUACUCAUUAAAUCGUGAGACUUUGUUGUUGUCGGUCGUGAUAAUGUUACAGAUAGCUGUCGUGGGCGCCGGAAUCAAUGGCUUGACUUGCGCUUUGCGGAUCCAAGAGAAAUACAAGAAAUAUCGCGUCGUUCUAUUAGCGAAACAAUUCACCCCGAACACGACAGGGGACGGCUCCGCGGGUCUCUGGUACCCAUUCGAAACGGGUAACACGUCCUCGGAAUUAUUAUGUAAAUGGGGUACUGCGACAUACGAAUUCCUGCACGGACUGUGGUUGGAGGGAGGCUUGGAUGUAUGUGCGGUGCCAUUGUCCUUCGUCUAUCGGAAGCCAAGAAACGAGAAUAAGCCAGACUGGGGUAAACAUACUUUCGGAUAUCGACAGAUCGGAGAGAAGCACUUGGAGUAUUUGAGCAAAAGGCAUUCACAGAAAUUCGUAUCAGGCCAUACCUUCACAACGCUAAUUGUUCCACCUACAAAAUUAAUGGCACACUUUCACAAGCUGUUCGAAGAGGCUGGCGGAAGGACGCUUCAAGUGGAAGUGUCCUCGCUGGAGGACCCGAUCUUGGGAGAAUAUGACGUGGUCGUGAACUGUACCGGGAUUGGCGCGAGGGAUCUGGUACCAGACAACAGCGUAUUCUCUGUUAAAGGACAAGUGACUAAGGUAUUCGCCCCUUGGGUCAACGAAUGCAUCGUGGACAUCGACGGUGGAAAUUACAUCAUACCUAAUCCCGAAAUAUGUGUUCUGGGAGGGGUGACCGAGCACGGCAACUACAGCACCGACGUCGACGAGGACACGAGCGCGUUCAUAUUGAACGGUUGCAAAAAGAUGUUGCCGGCGCUGCAGAACGUGGUCGUAGUGAACGAGUGGGCUGGUCUGAGGCCCGGCAGGGACCAGGUCAGGCUCGAAGCCGAGGAGAGGGGCGGGAAGUUGUACCUACACAACUAUGGACACGGAGGCAGCGGCUUCACUCUGUUCUGGGGCUGCUCAACUGACGUCUUGUUCCUCUUGGAAAAUUACUUAGAAAAGAAAGGAAUAAUAAAAAAAUCGAAACUCUAAACGGCAAAGACGUGCUCAUGAAUGACUUCCGCGCGGAGGGAAUUUACGCAAUUACUGUACAAUUGAGGCAUUAAGCCUGAAGAUGGGUGGCCUUGAGACCAAUCACCUGUCGAAGCAAUAUAACUCUGAAUACCAAGACAGAUAUGAGGUCUAACAGCUUAUACACCGACUGCUUCACCCUUUAAAAUAGAACGUGCGUCUGCUUCGAGGCGAGAAUAGUCGGGAUGUUGGCACCUACCCGCGCGGGCCCUCAACACGCACUAUCGCCAAUGAUUACGCGAUAUUUUUCCCGCCUUUUAUUUCAUUGAUUAUCAAUUUAUUUAUUAUUUGUAUAAUGUUUUUGCUAGCUAUUUGUAUAUAUUUUACUGGUGGUAGGACCUCUUGUGAGUCUGCGCGAGUAGGUACCACCACCCUGCCUAUUUCUGCCGUGAAGCAGUAAUGCGUUUCGGUUUGAAAGGUGUGGCAGCCGUUGUAACUAUACUGAGACCUUAGAACUUGUAUCUCAAGGUGGGUGGCGCGUUUACGUUGUAGACGUCUAUGGGCUCCAGUAACCACUUAACAUCAAGUGGGCUGUGAGCUCGUCCAUUCAUCUAAGCAAUAAAAAAUUUAAAAAAAGGUUCUUGACGGCCAACGUUGUUUACUAUGUAAGUUAGUCUCGUUUGUUUUUAUAAUCCAUCUCAACUUCAAUAAAGCGAAGGAAUAUUAAAACGAAACUGCACA